AUGUUUCUCGUUUCGUAUUGUAAUGCAGAUGAUCAAGUUAUAACGCAUAUAGAUACGGAAUUUACAGAUGACACAUACAUCCAUUAUGAUGAGAUACCAAAACUUGACAACAAAGAAGUUUUCGGUCCAGAUGCCGUUCGAGAUUUUAACAUAGUCAUGGGUUUUGGACUAACUACGUUGCAAUUAAAUUUUGUUGGCAGCUUGUAUGUCAUAUAUAGAAUUUAUGUUCAAUGGAAACGUGAUGGAAGAACGAGCAUUUCCUUAUCUUUAAGAUUUCCUUUUUAUAUUGCUUUAACUGAGCUAUACUGUUGUCUGGAAACUUCCAUGGUCGAAUCCGAUGUGUGGAAUAAUCGGAGCCAGCGUAGUAACAUUAUUUACGCUCAACAUGUUCCUUGUGGGUAUUAUAGCUUUGACAACAUGGUUUCGCGUAUGCAAAGAGGUUUAUAUAGAUUUCGGGCCAUACGAUUACAAACUUUGGACUUUAACGACUGCAUUAUCGAUUAUUGUCGUAUGUCUUUCGUUCAAAAACUUGAUGAUUUACUUACCUCAAAUAAUUCUACGCCAAGACGAGCUCAUAUUGAAAAACGAGCCUUGAGAAAAUUAAUAUCAUACAUCUUUACAUUCAUUUUACAAUUCUUUGAAAAUGUUUUGUUGUAUAUGCUGGCCACUACAACGAUAAACUUUGGAGGCAUUGGUAAUUUUUUUCAAUUCCUUAUCAACGAAGGAUUUUCUUCUUCAACACAAAUGAGUUCACAAACUUCAUCAAUGGGAAAUCCACAACAAAUAAAUUCUUUUGGGCCUGAAGAAACAAAAACUACCGGUGUGCGAGAAAUUGGAAAUAAUGAAGGCUCAACUGCGGGUCGUGUCUGUUUAUCAUUAGAAUUCGGUGAGAAAUUUGAUGAAAAUAUAGUAAAGGAUUUUAAACGAACAAUGCUAAUGUAA